UGGAGCGGCCGAAAAUAAUUUCACAAACAAUUUAGAAACAAUUAGAAAGAAAGUGUGAAGACACAGGUUUGUUACUGAAAUGCACAAGUAGUGAUCUGUGUAUUGAUUUUUUAUUAAAUCUUUGAUUCAGACUGAUUUCUACAUAAAAGACUCGUAUUGCAGACCUUCUGAUCACCAGCCCAAAACCUUUCAAGAGUGGAGAAGAGAACCAGUGGGGUAUCAGCUUGAAACAGUGACUAGCUGAACAAUCUUUACACCAUCAAACAUAACUCAGAGGGAAAUCUAAGGAUUUCAUACAGGUGCUGAAUAAUUUGGACUGUCUGGACUGUGGAGGGCUCCCCUCCCUGCCCUCCCAGCCUAUCCUCGCUCCCAGCAGCAUGUCCCAGGCUCUGAGGCUGCCUCUAGUCCUCCACACAGCACACUACCAUGAUCAGAUGGGCUGCUGGAGGGAGUAAGGCUGCCUCUGCCUCGUCCUGCUCCAGGGCUGGGUUAGGGGCUCGUUCUGGUUCUGGAACCAACUCCAGACUAAGGUCAUCAGCACUGUCUUCCUCCCUGUCUUUGCGUCUCCUGUUGGUCCUGGUGCUUUUCUCCUUUUCCCUAUCCGGGGCGGCCUGCCAUCAGCUCCGCAGAGAAAGACUGAGGCUUGCCAACCCGCGAACUCUCAGAGUUCCACUGAACAUCUCAGAGACUGAGCUCGUCUCCAGGCCCAGGGCCACUGGGGGCCCCCUGGGUCGGACUGGGGGACCACAGGGUAGGCAUGUGCGCAGCUACAAUCAUCUCCAAGGGGAUAUACGGAGGAGGAAGCUGUUCUCUUUCCAGAAGUUCUUCCUGAGGAUCGAUAGGAAUGGAACAGUCAGUGGGACCAAGAGCAAGGAUGACCCCCUCAGUAUCCUGGAAAUCACAUCGGUGGACGUGGGAGUGGUGGCCAUCAAAGGGCUGAACAGCAACUACUAUCUGGCUAUCAGCAGGAAAGGAGACCUGUACGGAGCGAAAGAGUUCGGCGUCGACUGCAACCUGAAGGAGCGGAUUGAGGAGAACGGCUAUAACACGUACGCAUCAGCUGAGUGGAGGAACAAGAAGCGGCAGAUGUUUGUGGGUCUGAACGUCCAUGGGAAGCCGCUUAAAGGGAAGAAAACCCGCAGAAAGAACACGGCCACCCACUUCCUUCCAAUUAUGGUGUGAGCUGAAGAAGUCGACAGGAGGGGGGAAGAAUAUGCAGCACUGGACAGAAAGGUUUUUGAUACUGAAACGCUGUAAAAUAGAGACAUUCACUGGGAAAUCUCUCAUUUGGAAACAAGGCACUAACACUGUUACACAAAAAUAUGGUCUCUGCUCCUGAACCUUGAUUGAGAUCAUAUUCUUCAUUUGGUGGGAGAAGGUGAUAUCUGUGUUUUCUGUGGCACGGGAUGCAAUAUUUAUCCUUUUUUUUUUGUGCCAAACAGUUUGCAACUGGAGUAUGUGUGUAAUGUGGACAACACAGGAGAUACUGUCCCAGCUAAUGAACUGUAGUGGAUGCAGAAGUAUCUCAAGAUGUUAUUUAAAAUCCAUAUUCUCCUGUGAGACGUAAAGGGGAGAAAUAGAAGAUGACUACAGUAAGAUGAGGGAAGUGAUCGGUCAGUUUAUCGUGACAGCAUUAAGAUGAUAGAGGAUACCACACAUUUAAAGCAAAUGUUUGAUACUUAACCACUGUGUUUUGACUGUAUUGUAAUGAUUUAUUUAUUUUGUGAAAUAUUUAACUGGAGGGGAACACUUACGAGGCAAGCAUUCCUUCGCAUGCUUUACUUUUUAUAGGAUCUAUUAUGUGAAAAUAAAAUUACCGUUUUCUCCUCUGCAA